AUGGAACUUGGUGGGAAGUUAAUUGCUGAUAACUUAGAUUCUACAGACACAGAUGACCCUGCUGAUGAGUUUGAAGAACUUUUACCAAAGCACAAGAAACGUAAGACUACUAUAGUCCAGUUACCAACUAAAGCUAUUCGUCAAAGAAAAGCUAAUCACAUGCCACAACACAGUUCAAAGCAAAAUAGAUGCAGAAAUGAGGGUUGUUAUAAAAAAACUACAGUUACCAGCAAAAAAUGUGCUGUGUAUUUAUGUUUCACGACUCAGAGAAACUGUUUUAAAGCUUUUCAUAAUCCAUAA